AUGGAGCAGCACUCUCGAUCGGUCGCCAACAUUGCUGUAGCCAUUCGCAACUGCUUUGAAGACCGGCAAUCUUUCCGAAUUUUCCAUGGCUCUAGUAACUCCACGCGCCCGGGCCGCCUCCAUGCUGGUAGCAAGGUCAUCGACAUCACCGCUCUGUCCAACGUUGUGUCUGUCAAUUGUGGCGCGAAAGUCGCCCUCGUGGAGCCGAACGUGCCAAUGGAUCGUCUAGUCGAGGCCACGCUCAGCCAUGGGCUGAUCCCUCCCGUAGUCAUGGAGUUUCCUGGUAUCACGACUGGAGGGGGGUUUUCGGGGACAUCCGGCGAAAGCAGCUCAUUCCGCCAUGGUUUCUUCAGCGACACUAUCAACUCGGUGGAAAUGGUACUGGGAAACGGCGAGAUCGUCGCGGCAUCGAGAACGGAACGCGCAGACUUGUUCUACGGUGCGGCGGGGGCAGCUGGCACGCUUGGCGUGAUCACUUUGUUGGAGGUUCGCCUAAUCGAAGCAAAGAAGUUCGUUCGGACGACAUACCAGCGCGUCAAGACUGUUGACGAGGCUCUCUCCCAAAUUCAGUCAGCAACCAACAGCGACGACAACGACUAUGUCGACGGCAUCCUCUUCGACGAUACUCAUAGCGCCGUCAUUACCGGCCAGCUUGUAGACGAAAAGCCUGCAGACUACAAUGUACAGACCUUUAGUGACGCCGCUGAUCCUUGGUUUUACAUGCACGUCCAUGAAGUAACGAGGACAGCCGAGCCAACACUGCCGUUUGUGGACUACAUUCCGUUAGCGGAGUACUUAUUUCGCUACGAUCGCGCUGCGUUCUGGGUGGGCCGCCAAGGUUACACGUACUUCAAGUACAUUCCCUUCAACAGCUUCUUUCGCUGGCUUCUCGACGACUUUUCUCACGCGCGCACGCUUUACCACGCCCUCCACUCUGGCGGCAUAUCUUCGCGCUUCAUGGUUCAAGAUGUAGCUUUGCCAUACGACGCUGCCAAGGAGUUCAUCCAGUUUGUCACCAAGGACAUGGAUAUUCGACCGCUCUGGCUAUGUCCCCUGCGGCAUGCUCGCACGCCAACCUUCCAUCCCGUCACCUGUGCUGGGGAUGACUUGAAGAAGAAGGGCCUCGAGGGCGUGUCUGGGCCUAUGCUCAACAUUGGUGUUUGGGGGUGGGGACCACGGCGCUGGAACGACUUUGUAUCGAUGAACCGCGUCCUCGAAUCCAAGCUGCACACGUUGGGAGGUCGCAAAUGGCUAUAUGCACAUUGCUACUAUACCGAGGACGAGUUUUGGGGAAUUUACGACCGAACGUGGUAUGAUCGCCUAAGGCACAAAUACCAUGCUACGGCCCUGCCAACCGUAUUUGACAAGGUAACAAUCAAUGUGGAGGCCCAAGAGCGGGAGCAACGCGAGUGGGGGGCUUCGAUAGCUGCCCUCUGGCCCAUUGGAGGCAUGUACGGUAUCUGGAAGGCUGCUAUAUCAGGAGACUGGCGACUUCACAGAGAGGCACUUUGGAAGCGAACAUGA